CUCACUUCUCCAAAGCCAGCAGUAGCCAAGAAGAGAAGCAAACCAGGAGGAAGCGAGCCAGAUCGAGCUAGCGUCAGAGUUCCAUCUCCAAGAAACCACCACAUACCAAAGCCUACCCUUUCCAUCCAUAUCCAUGGAAGACCCCUACGCGAGCUUCCUCAAGAACGUUAACCCCUACUACUACUACUGCACCUCCUCCUUCCCCACUACCGCUCCCCCCGCUCAUCCCUUCCCUCCCUACGCCGCCUCCCUCUACCCCGCAUCCAUGGCCGCCGCCGCCGCUCCACAUCACAAUCACUACCCCUCCUUCCACCAGAAUCCGCCGCCAGAGCAGCCUCGCUACCAUUACGGCAACACGGCCAUGGCGCCUGCGCCGCCGUCCCCUCCGCUCCGGGAGGCGCUCCCGCUCCUCUCCCUCUCCCCCACGCGCGCAUCCGCACGCCGCCGCCAUGUGGACGACUUCGACUGCUCCGACUCCGAAAACGACGACUGCUACACGCCGCAGGAUCAUCAUCAUCAGGCGGCCCCCGCGGCGCGCGCCCCGCUCUUCGCGGACCUCAACUGCGUGCCGUCCUGCUGCGACGACGGCGACGGUGACCCGAUGGACGUGGAGGCGGCGGCAUGGCCCGCGGACGACGCCGCGGUGGCUCUGCGCAUCGGGCUGCCGGCCGGCUCCGCGGAAGCCGACCUCCUGUCGGCGCUCUCGGCCAGGGCAACGGCGGCGGGCGGCGCCGAGGCCGAAAUGGAGGACGACGACGAAGACGAGUUCAAGGCGUCCGGCGGGCACGGGCAGGAGCAGGAGGAGGUGCCUCUGGGGUACUUCUCGUCGUGGGCGGCGGGGGCGCCGGUGGGGAGGCUGAACAAAGGGCAGUACUGGAUCCCGACGCCCACGCAGAUCCUCAUGGGCCCAACCCAGUUCUCCUGCCCCGUCUGCGCCAAGACCUUCAACCGAUACAACAACAUGCAGAUGCACAUGUGGGGGCAUGGGUCGCAGUACAGGAAGGGCCCGGAGUCCCUGCGAGGGAUCCAGCCCACGGCGAUGCUCCGGCUCCCUUGCUACUGCUGCGCGCAGGGUUGCCGGAAUAACAUCGACCACCCGCGUGCCAAGCCGCUCAAGGACUUCCGGACGCUGCAGACGCACUACAAGCGCAAGCACGGGCUCAAGCCCUUCCUGUGCCGGAAAUGCGGCAAGGCUUUCGCCGUCAAGGGCGACUGGCGCACCCACGAGAAGAACUGCGGCAGGCUCUGGUACUGCCUCUGCGGGUCCGAGUUCAAGCACAAAAGGUCUCUCAAGGACCAUGCCAGGGCCUUCGGGCAUGGCCAUGGCGCCGCGUUUGGGUGCGGCGGCAAUGCCGAUGCCGAUGCCGAUGGGUUCUUUGAUGAGGAUGAUGAAGGCGCUGUUUCUGAGAUCGAGCAUGAUGGCGGCGGCAGGCCGUCGAUGCGCUGACGAGCUCAUCGCGCCGGCUAGAAGCUAUACACUAUGUUGUUGUCAAUGUCGUUUUUGCUCGAUUAAUUCAGUGUUAGGGUUGUCGUCGUGCUCUCUCUUAGUUGAUUCUCUCCAUCUAGUCAAGUAUUCCAGUUAGGAUCGAUGGAUCGCUUGUAUGGUGUUGUGUUGUGUGAUCUCAAUCGAUCACACUGCUGUUAACUCGUGGGAACAAGCCUUUUGCUUUCUUAAAUUUUCAGCUGAUUAAUUAAGCGUACUGCGUACAUGCAUGCUUAUCUCUAGCUAGCCAGUUCUUUUUGACGCAAUUAGCUAGCCAGUUCUGAACAUUCUCAUCUGUAGCAUUAGGUCGAGAGGAAGGAAGACGACUGGUUCUUCUUGCUGCCGAGAUGUCACUCCUUCAUUCAUAACGUUCAAUGUUCAUCAUUAAUGUGGUCGUUUCGUUUCUGCAGUGGAAAAUUCCAACCUAUCUUUCCUGCUCCGGUCAAGUUCCUACUAUAUCAACGUACUCCCUUUUCUGUGCAAGCGGCAUACAGGGCCAACACCUAAAUCAUUUCCCAAAACUUCUAGGCAGCUACGUAGCUAGCUAGCCUCUCCCGGCCUGCAGCAAACACACAUGCAUAUCGCAAGCUAUUCACUUUGUGUGGCCUACAAAGAGGAAACAGCAAGGACACUUGGUCUUGGAUUGAGUUGGACAUGGGUACUGCUGGUAGUGUACUAUUUUUGUUGAGACAAAAUUACAAACCCAAACAUUGUUAUUGAAUUGCUUAA